CACCGACAUUGACCCAUUUACCGUGCCGUUCGAUCCGAUGCUCCCUGCUUGAACAGUUCGAAAAAAUAUUAAUUUAUUUGCAUUUGCAAUACUAAUUGUGUUCGGCAGUGUUUUUCUGUAAUUUUAUUGUGUUUUUGAUUUGCAUCGUCAUGACAAUGUUGACCGCUGCAUCGGCGAUGAGGUGUCUGCCCUCCGAAACGGCCCCCUCUUUUACAGCAAAAAGUGUACGCUUUGGAGUACCCACAAUGUUGUCGGAUAUCGACCAGCUGCCCACCCUCCAAGUGGGCGACUAUACGCUUCAGUUCGAACUGGGCGAGCCAACGGCCCAGGGAAAGGAGGUGGCCAUCAAGGAACUCCGGGAAACCCCUGAGCGUCAAAAGGAGGCCACCAAGGAACUGGCACGCCUCUUAGAGGCGGAGACGGAUUUGCUGUACCCCAAGGAUAACGAGGAGUGGCUGAUUCGAUAUCUGCGGCCCUGCAAGUAUUAUCCGGAGAGUGCUCGCGAUCUGAUCAAGCGCUAUUACUCCUUCAAGGUGAAACACGCUGAUGUGUACAACAAUCUGAAGCCGUCGAACGAGGCCAACAUUUUUAAGCACAACAUACUCACCGUCUUUCCCAAUCGAGAUCAAUGUGGGCGUCGGAUUUUGGUUCUGGAGCUGGGAAAGCGCUGGAAGCACAAGCAGGUCACCCUGGAUGAGGUUUUUAAGGGAGCUGUGCUCUUCUUGGAGGCCGCCAUGUUGGAGCCGGAAACGCAGAUCUGCGGUGCUGUGGUGAUCUUCGACAUGGAUGGUCUUAGUCUGCAACAAACAUGGCAGUUUACACCGCCAUUUGCCAAGCGAAUUGUGGACUGGUUGCAGGAUUCGGUUCCCCUAAGAAUCAAGGCCAUACACAUUGUAAACCAGCCGAAGAUCUUCCAAGUGGUGUUUGCUUUGUUCAAGCCCUUCCUCAAGGAGAAACUUCGUAGCAGGAUCAUAUUCCAUGGCACUGAUCGCGAGUCCCUGCACAAGUACAUGUCACCCAAGUGCCUGCCAGCUGCCUAUGGAGGAAUCCGGGAGGCUAAUCGUAUUGAUAGUGAUCAGUGGUACGAGUUGUUGCUGAAGUGCGAUACUGAGUUUGAUACCAUCAACUCGUAUGGCUACAAGAAGAAGUGAUCCAAGUUUCCAGCUGCUGCAAGUGAUAAUUAACUUUCCCAAGUUUCAAUCUUAAGCAUAUUCUGUGCUGAAAUCAACGCACACGUUAUUGUUAAGCACUCGAUCUGUCAUACGCUUGUCCUGUUAGUGAAUAGCGCCUAGAGUUUGCCUUAGUCUUAAUCAGAAUUGGAGCCUCGAUCGCAUCCAGAUAAAGUGUUAUACCUACAUAUAUUUUAUACUUAAUCCGGGGUAAGCGUAUUUAUAUCAUUUUACUAUUGUACAUUUUUUAAACAAAUUGUUGAAAUAUAUAAACAAAUUCGUAUAGAAA